AAUAGAACAUAGGUCAUGAAAGUGCAUUCCAUUACGAUAAAUUGGCAGGAGUUCAGUUCCUUGGAAAUUUAAUCUAACAGGGGAGAUUAAAUGGAAAUACCUUUUCUAUAAUGAAAUUUGUCAGAAGAAGGAAUCCGCUGUUUUCAAUCCUGGCGUGACUGGCACUCAACAUCUCGAUGAAAACGGUUGGAAAAGAAAAACUUUCAAAGUCAUUCUGUUCUCAGAGUACCCGAGCCAACUAAACUGUGAGAAGUGAAUGCCUUGCCUUUGUGCAUCCCAUUUCAAAUGGAGGACAAGAAGUUAUUCUCUGCAAUGGCUGACUUCCAGAAUUUCUGCCUGAACGUUUUUUGUCAAGUAUAUAUUCCCUUCUCUAGGCCUUUCUAUAUAGAGCCUACAAACAUCGUCAAUGUGAAUGAUGUCAUUCAGAAGGUUAGUGACCAUGCCUCUGCUAUGAACAAGCGGAUUCAUUACUACAGCCGGCUCACCACUCCUGCAGACAAGGCACUGAUUGCUCCAGACCAUGUAGUUCCAGCCCCAGAGGAAUGCUAUGUGUAUAGUCCCCUGGGCUCUGCCUAUAAACUCCAGAGCUACAGUGAAGGCUACGGUAAAAACACCAGCUUAGUAACUAUCUUUAUGAUCUGGAAUACCAUGAUGGGAACAUCUAUACUAAGUAUUCCUUGGGGCAUAAAACAGGCUGGAUUUACUACUGGAAUGUGUGUCAUCGUGCUGAUGGGCCUUUUAACACUUUAUUGCUGCUACAGAGUGGUGAAAUCACGGAGUUUGAUAUGUACAUCAGACACAACUACCUGGGAAUAUCCAGAUGUCUGCAAACAUUAUUUCGGCUCCUUUGGACAAUGGUCAAGUCUCCUUUUCUCCUUGGUGUCUCUCAUUGGAGCAAUGAUAGUUUAUUGGGUGCUUAUGUCUAAUUUUCUUUUUAAUACUGGAAAGUUUAUUUUUAAUUUUAUUCAUCACAUUAAUGACACAGACACUAUACUGAGCACUAAUAAUAGCAACUCUGUGAUUUGUCCCAGCGCUGGGAGUAGUAGCCAUCCUGACAACGGCUCCCUGAUUCUCUACAAUGACACAGAAGUGCAGCAGUUUGAGAAGUGGUGGAGUAAGUCCAAGACGGUGCCCUUGUACCUCAUAGGGCUCCUCUUGCCACUGCUCAACUUCAAAUCGCCUUCGUUUUUUUCCAAAUUUAAUAUCCUAGGUACGGUAUCCGUCCUCUAUUUGAUUUUCCUUGUUACCUUGAAGGCUAUUCGCUUAGGAUUCCAUCUGGAAUUUCACUGGUUUGUGCCAACAGAAUUUUUUGUACCAGAGAUAAGAUUUGAGUUUCCACAGCUGACUGGAGUGCUUACUCUUGCUUUCUUUAUUCACAAUUGUAUUAUUACACUCUUGAAAAACAACAAGAACCAAGAAAAUAACGUGAGGGACCUGUGCAUUGCGUAUAUGCUGGUGACGCUGACUUACCUCUAUAUUGGCGUCCUGGUCUUUGCCUCAUUCCCUUCACCCCCAUUAUCCAAAGAUUGUAUUGAGCAGAACUUUUUAGACAACUUCCCUAGCGGGGACACCUUGUCCUUCAUUGCAAGGAUAUUCCUGCUGUUCCAGAUGAUGACUGUCUACCCACUCCUAGGCUACUUGGCUCGCGUUCAGCUCUUGGGCCAUAUCUUCGGUGACAUUUAUCCUAGCAUUUUCCACGUGCUGAUUCUUAAUUUAGUUAUUGUGGGAGCUGGAGUGACCAUGGCCUGUUUCUACCCAAACAUAGGAGGGAUCAUAAGGUACUCAGGAGCAGCGUGUGGCCUGGCUUUCGUGUUCAUAUACCCUUCUCUCAUCUAUAUAAUUUCCCUCCACCAAGAAGAGCGUCUGACAUGGCCUAAAUUAGUCUUUCACGUUUUCAUCAUCAUUUUGGGCCUGGCGAACCUGAUUGCUCAGUUCUUCAUGUGAAAACUGUUUUCUCAAGAUUUCUCAUGGUAUUCUGAACCUUGGCAACGGUUCUGCAUAAAAGAACUUGAAAAUGC